GUUAGCGGCUCGGUGAAUAAUGAUAUUUUUGAUGUAAAUUGUAAAGGAAGGAGUUAAUAAGAAAACGCCGUUAGCUUCUGUUUAUCACAGGCAAAGCUAACGUUUAUGGAAAGCUGAGCCUUGAUGCCCCUAGCACGAGUCGAAUGAAUGGGAGUCCUUUGUUGGAUUUAAGAACGGUGCUGAGGGGUUAAUCCAGGAUGUAUGCUGUGUACAGACAAGCCCACACACCCACUGCAGUGGAGUUCUCCGUCUACUGCAACUUCAUAUCCAAUAAGGAGAAGAACCUAGUCGUUGCCGGAACAUCUCAGCUCUAUGUCUAUAGGAUAAUCCACGAUGUGGAGAAUACAUCAAAAAGUGAGAAGUCUUCAGAUGCUAAGGCUCGUAAAGAGAAGCUAGAACAGGUGGCAGCCUUUUCUCUCUUUGGCAAUGUAAUGUCCAUGGCCAGCGUGCAGCUUGUAGGAACCAAUAGAGAUGCUCUUCUGCUAAGUUUCAAAGAUGCUAAGUUGUCAGUGGUGGAGUAUGACCCAGGGACACAUGACCUGAAGACACUCUCUCUUCAUUAUUUUGAAGAGCCGGAGCUCAGAGAUGGAUUUGUCCAGAACGUACACAUUCCCAUUGUCCGUGUGGAUCCAGAGAAUCGUUGUGCUGUAAUGUUGGUUUAUGGCACCAAGCUUGUUGUGUUGCCAUUCAGAAAAGACACUCUAACUGAUGAGCAGGAGGGGGUGGUUGGAGAAGGACCUAAAUCCAGCUUCCUUCCCAGCUAUAUUAUUGAUGUCCGUGAACUGGAUGAGAAGCUACUAAAUAUCAUUGACAUGAAGUUCCUCCAUGGCUACUAUGAGCCAACACUACUUAUCCUAUAUGAGCCCAACCAGACAUGGCCUGGGCGUGUCGCUGUACGCCAGGACACGUGCAGCAUCGUGGCAAUCUCCCUCAACAUCAUGCAGAAGGUGCACCCUGUCAUCUGGUCUCUCAGCAAUCUACCCUUUGACUGUACACAGGUCAUGGCUGUUCCCAAGCCCAUCGGUGGCGUAGUGGUGUUUGCUGUCAAUUCAUUAUUGUACUUAAAUCAAAGUGUGCCACCAUUUGGAGUAUCUCUUAAUUCUCAAACAAGUGGGACCACAGCCUUCCCACUGCGCGUACAGGAAGAAGUAAGGAUCACACUGGACUGUUCCCAGUCUGCCUUUAUCGCCUAUGAUAAGAUGGUCAUCUCUUUGAAAGGAGGGGAAAUCUACGUAUUGACCCUUAUCACCGAUGGCAUGAGGAGCGUCAGGGCCUUCCACUUUGACAAGGCGGCUGCCAGUGUCCUGACCACCUGUAUGAUGACUAUGGAACCAGGCUACCUUUUCCUUGGCUCCCGUCUUGGAAAUUCACUGCUCCUAAAAUACACAGAAAAGCUACAAGAGACCCUACCAGAGGAGGGCAAAGAAAAGCAGGACAAGGAAAAAGAAAGACCGGAGGAACCACCAAGCAAAAAGAAAAGGAUGGAUUCUUCCACUAACUGGACUGAUGAGGUGGACGAGAUUGAGGUGUAUGGUAGUGAGGCCCAGUCAGGCACUCAGUUAGCCACCUAUUCCUUUGAGGUGUGUGACAGCAUAUUGAACAUUGGACCUUGUGCCACUGCCUCAAUGGGUGAACCAGCGUUCUUGUCUGAAGAGUUCCAGAGCAACCCUGAGCCCGACCUCGAGGUUGUGGCGUGUUCCGGCUACGGCAAGAAUGGUGCACUGUCCGUACUACAGAGAAGCAUCAGACCCCAAGUUGUCACUACCUUUGAGUUGCCAGGUUGCCACGACAUGUGGACAGUCAUCUCAAGUGAGGUGAAAGACGACAAAAAGGCUGCAAAGAAGGAUGAGUCUGAGGACAGGACUGAGAUGGAGACAGCUGAGGGUGGUGAGGAGGAAGAGGAGGAGGAGGAGAAGAAGAAGAGAAAGGAGGAGGAGGAGGAGGAAGAAGAGGAGGAAGAAGAGGAGGAGGUGGAGAAAGCAGAGUCCUCCAUGGAGGAUGACAAAAAGAAGCAUGGCUUCCUCAUUCUGAGCAGAGAAGACUCCACCAUGAUCCUGCAGACGGGCCAGGAGAUCAUGGAACUGGACACCAGUGGCUUCGCCACACAGGGACCCACUGUGUUUGCCGGUAACAUUGGAGACAACAAAUAUAUCAUCCAGGUCUCCCCCAUGGGCAUAAGACUGCUGGAAGGAGUGACACAGCUCCACUUCAUCCCCGUGGACCUGGGCUCCCCCAUAGUGCAGUGCUGCGUGGCCGACCCCUAUAUGGUCAUCAUGACUGCAGAGGGGGUGGUAACCAUGUUCGUGCUGAAGACCGACUCCUACAUGGGGAAGACACACCGGUUGGCCUUGCAGAAACCUCAGAUCUCUACCCAAUCACGCGUGAUCACACUUUGUGCAUUUCGAGACGUGAGCGGCAUGUUCACCACAGAAAACAAAGUGAGUUGCUCUAAUAAAGACGACACGAUAGCAAGGAGCCAGUCAGAGACGGAGACCAUCAUUCAGGAUCUUAGCAAUACGGUGGAUGACGAAGAGGAAAUGUUGUAUGGAGACUCCAACAGUGGCACAACUCCCACAAAGGACGAUACUUACCGCAGCUCUUCAGCCCCAAUGCCCUCUGGAGGCGAAGGAAGCACGGGCAAAGCAGAACCCACUCACUGGUGCAUGAUAGUCAGGGAGAACGGUGUGAUGGAGAUUUACCAGCUCCCAGACUGGCGGCUGGUUUUCCUGGUGAAGAACUUCCCUGUGGGCCAGAGGGUCUUGGUUGACAGCUCCUCUGGCCAGUCAGCAACACAGGGGGAGGGUAAAAAAGAGGAAGUGACACGACAGGGCGAGAUGCCUCUGGUCAAAGAGGUGACCCUGGUGUCACUCGGCAACAAUCACAGUAGACCGUAUCUGUUGGUCCAUGUAGAACAAGAGCUUCUAAUCUAUGAAGCUUUCCCCUAUGAUCAGCAGCAGGCUCAAAACAAUUUGAAAGUGCGCUUUAAAAAGAUACCUCACAACAUCAACUUUAGAGAGAAGAAACCAAAGUUCAAGAGAGAUAAGAGGGCAGAUGGCACCCUUCUUGACGAGAGUACGACUGUCAAGAGUCGAGUGGCCCGAUUCAGAUACUUUGAGGACAUCUCCGGAUAUUCGGGAGUGUUCAUUUGCGGACCUUCUCCUCAUUGGAUGCUGGUAACCUCACGCGGGGCCAUGAGACUUCACCCCAUGACCAUCGAUGGUUCCAUUGAGUCGUUCUCUCCCUUCCAUAACAUCAAUUGCCCCAAAGGCUUCCUCUACUUUAAUAAACAGGGAGAGCUGAGGAUUAGUGUCCUGCCAACCUACUUGUCCUAUGAUGCCCCUUGGCCGGUCAGGAAAAUCCCGCUCAGGUGCACCGCCCACUACGUCUCCUACCAUGUGGAAUCCAAGGUCUACGCUGUGUGCACCAGCGUGAAGGAGCCCUGCACUCGCAUCCCCAGGAUGACGGGCGAGGAGAAGGAGUUUGAGAUCAUUGACAGAGAUGAACGGUACAUCAACCCUCAGCAGGAAAAGUUCUCUAUACAGCUCAUCUCCCCGGUCAGCUGGGAGGCCAUCCCCAACACACGGAUCGAUUUGGAGGAGUGGGAGCAUGUGACCUGUAUGAAGACAGUGGCCCUGAAGAGUCAGGAGACUGUGUCUGGACUGAAGGGCUAUAUUGCAGCAGGGACCUGCCUGAUGCAGGGGGAAGAGGUCACCUGCAGGGGCAGGAUUCUGAUCCUAGAUAUAAUUGAAGUGGUGCCAGAGCCAGGUCAGCCCCUCACCAAGAACAAGUUCAAAGUCCUGUAUGAGAAGGAACAGAAGGGACCGGUCACCGCACUGUGUCACUGCAGCGGAUACCUGGUCUCAGCCAUCGGACAGAAGAUCUUCCUGUGGAGCUUGAAGGACAAUGACCUGACAGGCAUGGCCUUCAUCGACACCCAGCUCUACAUCCACCAGAUGUACAGCAUCAAGAACUUCAUCUUGGCUGCCGACCUGAUGAAGAGCAUCUCGCUGCUGCGCUACCAGGAGGAGAGCAAGACUUUAUCCCUUGUCAGCAGGGAUGCAAAGCCCUUGGAGGUUUAUAGCAUUGAAUUCAUGGUAGAUAACAAUCAGCUUGGAUUUCUGGUGUCGGAUCGAGACAAGAACCUCUCUGUAUAUAUGUAUUUACCUGAAGCUAAAGAGAGCUUCGGGGGUAUGCGCCUGUUGAGGCGAGCUGACUUUAAUGCUGGAGCCCACAUUAACACCUUCUGGAGGAUGCCCUGCAGAGGAGCCCUGGACAUCGCCAGCAAGAAAUCACUUACCUGGGACAACAAGCACAUCACAUGGUUUGCCACACUGGAUGGAGGGAUAGGGUUGCUGCUACCCAUGCAGGAGAAAACCUACCGGCGACUGUUGAUGUUACAGAAUGCUCUCAACACAAUGCUGCCUCAUCAUGCCGGCUUAAACCCAAAGGCCUUCAGAAUGCUGCACUGUGACAGACGAACCCUUCAGAACGCGGUGCGGAACAUUCUGGACGGAGAACUUCUCAACAAGUACUUGUACCUCAGCACCAUGGAGCGCAGUGAGCUUGCCAAAAAGAUUGGAACCACACAAGACAUUAUCUUGGAUGACCUCCUGGAGAUUGACAGGGUAACAGCUCAUUUCUGAAUGCCACAUUCCCUCUUCAACGUGAAGUCAAGUCAGUUUUACUUGUAUAGUUCAGUAUCAACUGAAUGCUUUUUUUUCAUUAAAGUGCUUUU